CUGGGAAGAACCCCGCGCCGUAGGCUCCUCCCUUUCCUUUUUGCUAUCGCCGUCGUAGAGAGCGCACGUCCAGAGGCCCGAAGUGAGUAGGCUUGGGGGGGCUUCUUUUACUCUGCGCCCCCUUUUUUUGUAAUGGAUGCGUCCAGAACGUGCUUAGAUUCCAUCUCCACCGCCUGCCGUUGCGCGGGUUUAUAAGCCGGGCAGUUUAUAGGCGAUACCAUGUGGGCCAGGGUGGAGGGGGUGACAUGGCGGCCAUGUGCUUCCUGAUCCAGGUUAAGGAAGGCCCGGCUGGGAAGGAGAGGAGCCUGUGAUCGUGGUGGUCUGUGACGAAAGGAUGCGGAGGGCAUAUCAUACCCUAGAAACGGCGAAGGCGAAGGGAGUGCUUUAGAAGCCUCCCAGGCAAAAAGGGCGAGUGGAGGAGGUGGGGAGCAGUCCCCCCAUUCCGAUUUAAAAUAAAAAUUUAGAGAUUGCAACAAGUGGGUGAAGAUGCUUUUUUGCCCUGGUAAGCGACCGUAAUGCAUUAGGUUUUCCCAUUUCCGGCUUGUUCUGGCGAUGGAAAGUUGAAACUUAAAAUAUCAGCGGCAUGGCGGCUUUGUCCAACGUGAAUGUGGGAGUUGUGAUGGUAGCACGUGUCCCCCGUGGGGGGGGGGCUUAUUUUUAGAAGGCCCUGAAGUGAAAUCGUUAUUUUUUUUAUAGCCCCCCUUCCGCCCAAGUUAAAUAUUUAAUUUGCAGUUGAGAGAGCAUAUUGUGUGUUGUAAUGUAAGAAGAGGGUGCCUUAUACCAAGUCAGGCUGUUUGUUCAUCUGCCACAAUAUUGUCCAGUCGUGAAUAGUGGUGGCACUGCAGUGUUUGGUAAAGAAUAGUAGCAUUCACUACUAGAUCCUUUUUAAAAUUAAAGUCGUAAUGUCAGGAAUUGAACCUGGUGUUUUCUGCAGGCGAAGCAUGUGCUCUAAAUUGGAGUUACUUACUGGAUGCCCCUAAUACGGAAUACAUAAGGGUAGUUCUUAAGCAUAGAUAUAUCAAAAAUUAAGAGGGCAGCUGUGCAUACUCCCCUGGAACUUUACGUGGUAUCAUCCCUUUUAAAACUCACUGGACUAUCAUAUGUCCAGGAAAAAUCAUCUGCUGUUCAAAUAAGUACCGUGGUACCCCUGGUUACGUACUUAAUUCGUUCCAGAGGUCAGUUCUUAACCUGAAACUGUUCUUAACCUGAAGCACCACUUUAGCUAAUGGGGCCUCCCACUGCUGCUGUGCGAUUUCUGUUCUCAUUCUGAAGCAAAGUUCUUAACCCGAGGUACUAUUUCUGGGUUAGUGGAGCCUGUAACCUGAAGCGUAUGCAACCUGAGGUACCACUGUAUCGGUCAAUUUUUUUAAAAAAAACAACCUGCCUUAUUUUUUCCUUCCCAGAAUGCGCUACGUUGCAGCUUACCUUCUUGCUGUCCUUGGGGGCAAUGAGUCCCCAAGCUCAAAAGACUUAAAGAAAAUUCUUGACAGUGUAGGCAUUGAGACGGACGACGAACGUGUGAAUAAGGUGAGUGACAGAUAGGUGUGCAGUGUGGCAUAAAUGCCAUUCAUUGAAAAGACUACACUGGACCACAAGCCCCUUAUCACCCAAAGAGAGACUAUGCAAAAUGAAGGCUUGAAGAAUGUUGUUAUUGGUUCCUAUUUCACAAGUAUUCUCUGGAUAUUUCCUGUGUACCUCUCAGCUGCUUUGGGGCUAACUUUCAGUGCCCAGAAUGAAUUGGAAUAACUAAUAUUAUACUGCAUAUCCUGUACUAAUGAGACUUCCAUUUGUAUACUGAAGAUCACAGGGUGGUUUAUAGUAUUAAAACAAAUGAGAUCACAAAAUACAUAGAAAACAAACCAAUAACCCCCUCUCCCACAAACAUAUUUCAAACACCAUAGAUUGUGUAAGCAGCCAAAGGCCUGGUUAUAAAAGGCUUCUUCUGAGCUAGAUCUACAGUUCAGUGUUGCAUCUUUCUUUGGCUUCUGGACUUAAUGCCAACAGGAAGGAAGAGCAGAUUGCAAGCUGCCAUAGCUCAGUUCUGUGUGCGCUAUAUCUGUCUUUUCUAGUAUUAAGAUUGGGACAACUGGUAGUCAUGCAGAAUUUGUACAGCAUAAAAAGAAAUGCAAAUUAAAGUUUUCUCUCUUGAACUUUACUAUGGUAAACAACCUAAAUGAGCUAAUCAGCAAUGAAAAAACACCUUUGCUUAAUGAAAGGGUAUCACUUUUUUAGACAGAAGGUUAAUUUUUAAAAGUCCCAACAUUUUGGCUUGGUAGUUUUUCAGCCAUUAUUAGUAGUUUCUACCUGGUUUCAAUCACUCCAUGAUAGACUUUGAAGAAAUCUAUCUGCCUUCUCAAAAGCCCAGCAAGCAUAAUGGGAAACUGAUGAUUUCCCCCACCCAAGGAAAUAUGGGGCUUGUAUAAAAACAAUUCAGUUAUUUGAGUUCUUGACUCAGAUGAGAUUCCAGAUGAACAUCAUGCUGUGCUUGGUAAGAGGUUAUUUUAUUCCCACUUGGAUAGCUAAUCUGCUUGACUGUAGCUAACCAAAAGUGCCCUGGGGAUCACUAUAUUUUUUGUGCAAAGCUGCAAUAACGUAUCUGAGAAGAUGGUAAUCUCUUUCUGAGUUCAGUGUAGCACAGUGCAGUUUCCCCAGGGCAGCUCUAGGCAAGACCAAUUGUAUUUUUUUUUAAGUGUUUUGAGUUGCUUCAGUUUCGCAGUAUUUUGGCCACAGUUGUUAAUUCUUUAGUUCCCUGCACUUAAAACCUUUUUUAGGUAACACUUUUCAACUUGCUUCCCACAGGUCAUUAGUGAGCUGAAUGGGAAAAACAUUGAAGAUGUCAUCUCCCAAGGUGAGUUUAAAAUGGAGACAGGUUUGAAAGGUACCAUGAGUCCCUCUUUGGCACUGAAGGUGUUGGGGCUGAGAGGUCACUAGUUCAGAGGUAUUUAACUAUUUUGCUUACAGCAGAGAGGGUUGUUGGGAGUGAAAUUACCACAGCGACAUGAUUCAAUUUUGAAAUAGUCAAGUGGCCAAACUUUAAUACUGUAGUUACUCAGCAUAGCAAAUGGCAAUCCAGAGUGUAAUCAAUAAAUAUGUGUGGCAUUAAUGGAAUAUGCUUGGAAAUGUAAUGGGUCCAUCCUAAUUCCUACAGGCUCAUGCUGGUGCCUGCUGGGUUUCGCUGGUGGACCACAUUAAUUUGGGGAAACCCUCAUAAAAACAGGCACUUGUUGCCUAUUUGUAUAGAGGAUGUUCUCAACAAAUUGCUGUUUAAAAAGCAGCAUUGCCUUCUGGGGGGGGAAUCUUGCUGGUUGAAUGGGUCUCUGAAAAGAAUAAUAAUUUCUGUCUUGCCAGUUUGCUCUAUUAAAGUCUUCUGCUGCCAUCUUUCUCCCUGUCUACCAUGCCUCCUUCCAUGAUAAAAUAAUGACACUAUUUGUCCUAGUCCCAACUUCAUACCCCGCUUCCAUCACCCUCAAGCUAUCUUGCUUGGUGAGAUGACCACCCUACUAGUAUCUCCCCGCAUUUCCUUAAUCCUGUCUGCCCCUCACCUCCUGGUCUUCUCCUUACAUCUUAACACCAAUAUUUGGAAUAUAUGGGUUGCAUUUCAGGUAUAUAUCAACAUCCUCCUUCUUCACUGGCCAACUUUUUUCUGCCCUCUGCCUCUGGACUUUUGGAACAUGCUGUGUAUUUCCUAGUGUCUCAUGUUUCUCUGUUUAAAUUUCUCUUUCCCUGUACAAUCUCUGUGAUAUUGCUGAUUGUGCCCUUUCCCGCACCUUAGGUAGAACUCUUGUUAUAGGCUGGUUCUUUUCCAUCCUGUCUUCGUUGUUUGCUCACUGUUUCCAUUGUGGGCAGUGCCUUCUGGACAUACUGAGAAUCUUCAUGGCUUGUUCAUUGGUCCCAUGCUACUCAUCAUUUGCACACUUGGACAACUGUUUUUUUGUAAAUUCAGCAGUAGCAGUAUCACUUUUGCGCUGUCUAUCCAUAGUAACCCAUGCUCAAGGCAGCUCACAACACCAAAACAUUUUACAUAAUUCACUAACAGUUACAAGCUAUGACAAAAUUUAAGCAGCCGUAUGCUCAGUGAACUAAUGAAAACAUCUCAUGGUGGACAAAUAUACAAUGAUAAUAAAUGCAACAGUAAUAUAUGUAUAUUUUUGCUGGUAAUCAAGUUGUAUAUGUGUGUGUGUGUGUGUGUGUGUGUGUACACAUCAUACACACACCCCCUUGGAUCACCAACAAAAAAUAAUGCAUAUCCAAAACUAAAUUUUGCCCCAGCAACAACAGUACCCCACCCUGAUAGUCCCUGGGCGUCCUGGGGAGCAUGUCAAAGGUCUUCUUGUGCUCUUUGUAGCAUCCACCUUGUAGACCAGUGGUGAAGCCUUGGCUUUAUUUUGGAUUGUUCCCUAACACCCCCCAUUGUUAAGUCAUGUCAAUCAACAUUGUAAAACGUUCUGGUUUGGUCAUCUCCCAACCUAAUUAUAGUAGGCUUCUAUGUUGUUUCCCCUUGUCAUUCUGCCCUCCACUCCAUGUAGAACUCUAUGCCACCCAUUGAACUCCUCUUGAAUGCCAGCACAGUGGCAUUACCUCUCUUCCUGUGAAGCCCUUCUGAACCCCCCAUCCUUGUGUGGUCACACAUGCCUCCUUUUUGUUUCCACUGGCAAAAUGUUGGAACCUCCUUUCAGGAGGGACUUGCAUCUUAGGCUAUUAGGUGCCAUGUAAAUUGUUGGUGCUGAAUACAUAGUCAUAGUAACUACAAUGAUAUGGCUGCUCCUGUUACUAUAACAGCUAUAUCCUUGAUUAUCUGAUAAUGUUGAUGUGUCUAGAUGCCUGCAGGAAAACUGGUACAGCAAACUACAGGACUUGUUAAUGCUUAUAUGAGGCCCUUUGUAUUUGUUCUAAAUAAAGGGUUUUUUUUGUACACUUAAAUUACUUCUUGGCUCUGCUGUUACACAUACUCUUUUCUGAGAAUAUGCUGAAUGGUUAUAAAAUGUGUUUACUGUUCUGGCUCCAGGAAUACCAUGCAAUUGUUUAGAUUUAUAUUCCUAGAAACAAAGAACAGGCAUUUCCCCCACUGGCGUGCUUGUUCUCACAAGGGAAAUAGUAUAUUGCCAACUUCCCUGGAACUGUUGGCAUUAAUUGGUAACUAGUCUUUAAAUCUCUAGGGUCCAUUCAUCAUGUAACUUCUGUAGUUGCACAGUGUACUCCUUACCACAGUUCUAAGUUUGGCUUCAUGCUGCUAAUGGGAACAAAAGGUUCCCACUGGUUGCAUGGGAGAAGGGCAUUGAAGGACCAGUUGGCCUGGUUUAUAUGCAGAAUCUAGGCUGAUAGAAUAUUAAGACUUCCUUUUUUGGCACCUGGUGUGAGUUUGGUGGGCAACUGAAAUUGAUCACUGGUAUUGUGUCAAUAGCCUCUGAUGUCUGAUGUACUGAGGGCCAACAACUUGAGGCGCUUGUGACAAGACUGGUUUUCUAAAGUGCUAGGCAAAAGUUCAUCCUUCUGUUCCUCCCUUUAUCAGAAAUGGACUGGGGCAGGAAGGGGGGAAAGGGUUGGGCAGUAGGGAACACUGCAGAAUUGGGGGUUUGUCCUCAGGUUUCUCUCUCGUUGGCUUCAUAUACAGUUCUUCAUUUUCCUUGUUAAUGUCCCCCAGGUAACAGCAAGCUUGCCAGCAUGCCGGUUGGUGGGGCUGUAGCAGUUUCUGCUGGAGGUGCUGCUGCUCCUGCUGCAGGUGCUGCACCAGCAGCUGGUAAGUAUAAUGGAUCAUGAAAAGGAAGGUUGGGUGGGCAGGCAGGCAGGCAUCAAGCGGGAGAAGACUUCUAGAGAGGAAUCCAAAAACUUGGUAAUUUCACGUUGAAUAGCCACAGUCCAUGAGAUUAACUGAACAACUCGUACGAUAUGAGUUGUUACUUUUUGGCUUGGUUGCAUUUGGAAACAUUGCCCAGUUCGACAUUUAAAAAAUGUCUUGGCAAUAGCUCUUCCAGUUGUAAGGAAAACAUUCUUGCAAGGUAAUGUUCUAGCUCAGACUUCAGAUACAUUCUCUUCAGCUAUGAUACUCUGAUUUGGUAGGGAUGCUGAGACCCAGCCAAUCUUCUCUGCUUUCUUUUUCCCUUCCUUUUUGCUUAUUUGCGGUAGGUAAUGCCGGCAUAUUGUAACGGGGUUACUAAGUGCAGUGAGACAUCAUAGGGCCUACAUGAGUGCUGAACCUAAUACAGCUUGUUGAUGAGCAGUGUCUGCCUUCAGCUAUUUGCAUCAGGACUUUGUUUGGAUUUUCUUCUUCUAACUCCAGAUUGGUUGACCCUCACACCUCAUCUUUAAGGCAGCUGCAGUUGUUGUGGUGAUGGGGACAUGUGAUGUUCUGGGUGUUUCCUGAGCUACAGCUUGCAUCACCCCUUGCCAUUGACCAUGCUGGAGGGAGCUGAACAAUGUCUGAGGGCCAUAGAUUCCCCACCACUAGUAUAUAGAAUUAGCCUAUAAAAAUGCUGUUUUGAGAGUUGUCUGCUAAACUGUCUAUAUCUACUUGUCUUUUCAGCGGAGGAGAAGAAAGAAGAAAAGAAAGAAGAGUCUGAAGAAUCUGAUGAUGAUAUGGGAUUUGGGCUGUUCGAUUAAACUUUUGUUGAGGGCUAAUCUAUAAUAAAACUUGGUUAAAAUAUUGUUUUGUUGUGGCGUACUUGGUAAGCUUCCUUGCUUUCUGCAUGUACAGUGUUCUGAAUCAUUUGGUAAUUCUUUAGAAGUAGCAUCUUGUGAUAAAGUUACAACUCUUGUUACUGUUUUGUGAAUUACGGAUUUUCUAGAGUGGUUCAAAGCUGUUUGGUAUUAACAUAAAGUGAGCAAUUCGAUGCUAUUUAACUCUGCUAAGAGAUUAAAAAUAGGUUUUUCCGCAACAAAAAAGUUUUUGCAGUAACUAAAAUAUUUGGAAGAGAAAUAGGCUGAUAAGGAUGUAGGCAGAGCCUUUUAUAAAAACCAGGAGGCAGCUUGUUCAUGCUUUUACACCUUAAAUGUGAUGCCUUAAUCUGAUAUAUGUCAGGUGUAGAGGCAGACAAGCUAUGCCUUUUACACAAAUUUUGGUUCACUUUAUAGAAAUUGAGUAAGAGUGUUUCAAAAUAUGCAUCAGACUAAGCC